CCGGGGGCGCCGCCAUGGGGGAGCGGCCGCGGGGCAGCGGCGCCGCCGCCCGGCGCUGAGGGACCGCCGAGCUGGGACACCGAGGAGCUGCGCUGGGAGGACCCUGUGUGCAGGAUGUUCUCUCCACCAAAGACCUCUCUGUGAGCGGCGAUGAUGACAGUCCCGGCGGGACCUUGGGAAGCACUGACAUUUCAGUAGCCCAGCAGCCCUGGACGGCCUCUUGCCCCUCGUUCUCCAGCCCCCACCCUCCCAGCGCUCCCCGGGAUGCUGUAUUAACCAAGAGGAACCCUGCUUCUUUCCUCCUCACCCUUCCAUUUUCGGCAGCUCUGGGAUUUGUAUGGCAGCAGCGUAACCGUGGAGAGGCCGGGGUAUCACAAACUUAUGGAUUUUGAUAAGAGAGGAGGGAAAGGGGAGCUGGAGGAAGGUAAAAGAAUGUCCAAGACAGGUGGAGGAAGGAGUGGUCAUGGAGGCCGGGGUGCUGGAACCAACUCGGGAGUCUUAAUGGUGGGUCCCAACUUCCGUGUCGGCAAGAAGAUUGGAUGCGGCAAUUUCGGGGAGCUCCGUCUAGGGAAGAAUCUCUACACAAACGAAUACGUAGCUAUCAAAUUGGAACCCAUAAAAUCCCGGGCCCCCCAGCUGCACCUGGAGUAUCGGUUCUACAAACAGCUCGGCAAUGCAGAAGGAAUUCCUCAGGUUUACUACUUUGGCCCCUGUGGGAAGUACAACGCCAUGGUGUUGGAGCUGCUCGGACCCAGCCUGGAAGAUCUCUUUGAUCUGUGUGAUCGGACCUUCACGCUCAAAACUGUCCUGAUGAUCGCCAUCCAGCUGAUCACACGGAUGGAGUAUGUCCACACCAAAAGCCUGAUCUACAGAGAUGUGAAGCCAGAGAACUUCCUGGUGGGGCGGCCGGGCAGCAAGCGGCAGCACACCAUCCACAUCAUCGAUUUUGGCCUGGCCAAAGAGUACAUCGACCCCGAGACCAAAAAACACAUCCCCUACCGAGAGCACAAGAGCCUGACAGGGACAGCACGUUACAUGAGCAUCAACACCCACCUGGGGAAAGAACAAAGCCGCAGGGACGACCUGGAAGCAUUAGGGCACAUGUUUAUGUACUUCCUCCGUGGGAGCCUUCCUUGGCAAGGCCUCAAGGCCGACACACUAAAGGAGAGGUACCAGAAGAUUGGUGACACCAAAAGAGCCACCCCGGUGGAGGUGCUCUGUGAGAACUUCCCAGAGGAGAUGGCCACGUACCUGCGCUACGUGCGGCGCCUGGAUUUCUUUGAGAAGCCUGACUACGACUACCUGAGGAAGCUCUUCACAGACUUGUUCGAGAGGAACGGUUACGUGUUCGACUACGAAUACGACUGGGCAGGGAAACCUCUGCCCACCCCCAUUGGCACGAUGCACAGCGAGGUGCAGGUGCAGCCCCCGAACAGAGACAAAGCACAGCCACACACCAAACACCAGGUGAUGAGCUCCACCAACGGAGAGCUGAACACAGAUGACCCGACGGCAGGACAUUCGAACGCCCCCAUCACAGCCCCCACCGAGGUGGAGGUGACAGACGAUACAAAGUGCUGCUGUUUCUUCAAGAGAAGGAAGAGGAAAACCACCAAGCGUCGCAAGUGAGCAGCCGGGGCCGGGCGGAGCGGCGAGCGCCGGCUCCUCUCCCUCUGGCCGUGGCUGGAUCUCGCCCCGCGGAGCCCGCGGCCCCUGGGGCUGGACGGGGACGGGGGGGCCGGGCCGGACGGGCUCCCCCAGCGCCCCACGCGCAGCUGGGGAGCGGGGCCUCCCCAAACUGCUUGUCCUUUCCUCCGCCACUCGUGGCCGUUUACUCGAACCAAGCCCAACUUCGCUGAAGUUCCUGCGUCCGUCAAACAGAAAAAAAGAAAAAGAGGAAAACCCACGGCGUCACUUGCUUUGAGUUUAUAACCGGUCUGAAAUGGGGAUCAACUACAGACUCUGACCCGUCGCUGUCAGAAGAAGACGAAGACAAUUUCAAGAGCAGUGGGCUAAGGAGGAAUAUUUUUUUUUUCUGUUGCUUCUUUGUCUCUUAAGUUAAUUUAAAGUGAGUCUCGGUGCAGAGUGCUGAGUCGUCAGUCUUUGACCGUCAUCUUCAGUGUUACCGAAUUCUGCUCUUCCUUCCGGCCCCGCCCCGCGUCCCCGCCGGGUCCCCUCGGUCAGUGGCGAGCGCUGGGCUCGGUGCGGCCCCGCUCGGGCGGGGAGAGCCGGGGCCGCGCGGGGCGGAGAGAGGAAACGCGUUUACAGUUCAUUUACGAUGCACUUUUGCGAGCAAUACAGGCGCCGUCCGGUCCCGCGGAGAGCAGGUCCGAGACUCCCAGGGGCUGGGGGACACAGGGACAGGGACGGCCGAGACCAAAGGGACCCAUGAAUGGCGGUGGCAAAGCAGGGAGGGGAAGCGAAGCAGCCUCGUCUCUGGUGCUGCCAUGUCUUGGGGCUGGAUGUUUGGUGUGGGCAGGGCUUGAUCGGCCUCUUGGUUUUACAGCCUGAGCCCCCCGGGGGCCGGGGCUGGGGCCGGGCGGUGAAGGGCGCCGGGGUGGAGCGAUGGAAUCCCCACCAGGGCAUCCCCCGCUGCUGCUGCGGGAUCCUCCCGGCCUGUCCUGGGGCUGGGGAAAUGCAGGUUUGGCACUGACCCACGGACACCCCCCGCACCCCCGCGUUCCUCGGCACCCCCAGGGCACUGCAGCUCCCCACGUGAAUGACCCCGUGCGCUGUCGUGUGUAUUGAUCGUGACACUUUGGGGGGGGACACACACUUUAUCUUUACCAAAACCCUGUUGUUCUGCCCCAAGAGAAGGGGCUGAGGCUGUGCUGGGGGGGCGGGGGAGGGAUGGGACCAUCUGUGGCUGCUUUGAAACAUUUGUCCAAACUGACCAUCUCGGGGGCCUGGAGACCCCGCGUUGUGGAGGGGCUGGGGGGGCGUGGGGUCUCCCACGGGGCCGUGCCCUCCCCACGGCCCCUCUUCAUCCAAAAUUCGGGAUUGACCCCGGCUUUGGCUUGGCCGGGCUGCGGCCCCAGCUGCUGCUGCGUCCCUGGCCACGGCGGGAAGGGGACGUGCAACGUUUGACCUCGUGUCCCCAGCGAGGCGAACAAACGAAUUUUUAAAAUCGCCUUAAAAUUUUCACUGGAAGUGGUCCCUUGGCAGCGCGUCGGCUCAGAGCAGCCCCGGCAGAGGCCGAAGAGGAGCCGCGGAGGGGAAGGGGAGGCGGCCCCGAGGGUGUGCCCGGCGUGCCCGGCUCUGUGCGCGCUCCCUCGGCCGCCGGGGCCGUGCCCGAGCCCGGGACUCUCUGUCCUUCCAGCGAGGAGUCCAAAUACUGCGAUUGUACGUGAGAGCGUUUGUUCCAUUGCGAGUUUAGUUACUGCUUUAAAACCAAGUGUACAGAUACGGCAUUUCAAUUUCUCUGAUGCUUCCUGGAAGCCAUAGAAUUUAGGGGCUUUUUUUUAAUAAAAACAAAAAAAUAAAAAAAAUCUUUAAAACCCAACA